AUAUUCAGACUUUCAGCUUCUGCUUGUGCAUGAGUCACUAUUUCUGCACUGAUAUACGUGUGUGUACAGUGGCAUAGCCUUGAAAUAGACACCCUGAACCACUCAAAAGCCCAUGUAAUCGUCUGAAACACCAGCAGUAAUUAUUUUUGGAACUCUCCUUUUGAUAGAGGGCCAUUUUUGUCAUUUUCUAGCAGACUAAUUUAAUUGACAGGUGCUCCCUGUCAAUCAAUUAGAGACAAUUAAGCCAAGGGAUGAUCAAAUUUAUCCUUCUUGUGAAUAAGCAGGGACAAGUAAGGGUUGGUCAGUACUAUGAGCCAACUACAAAGGAUGACAAGGACGUGCUGGAAGGAGAAGUGAUAAGAAGAUGUUUGACAAGAGGGGACAAUCAGUGUUCAUUUGUGGAGUACAGGAACUUCAAGCUGAUCUACAGACGCUAUGCCACAUUGUUCUUCAUCAUUGGAGUGGAUGAAGAAGAGAAUGAGUUGGGUAUACUAGAAUUCAUCCAUCUUGUUGUGGAAACUUUGGAUAAAUAUUUUGAGAAAGUUUGUGAGCAAGACGUAUCCUUAAAAGUUCAAUUCGAAAGAGAAAACAUUUCCUGGAUAUGCUCUCAAUUGAUACAUACUCCCAAGAUCCUGAUUUAUUCCUUAAUAAGAUUGCAGAUAAUCUGCCAUUGCGAGAAGAUCUACAUGAUUCUGGACGAGAUGGUUGCCAAUGGACGAAUAAUUGAGACGAACCACAGCAAGAUACUCGCUCCACUGCGCAUGAUGGAACAACACACACCUAGAUAGUCCAGGAUUAGAUCCGUUUUCAAACAUUUUUUUGGGUGGAAGACCAAGAAACUAUUAUGACUGCCAUGCGAAUAAGGGUGGUACAUGUACAGUAGAACAUCUCUAUUAAGGACACGCUCGGGACUGACAAGUGCUGAGAGGUCAAGUUGAAUGAAAACGACCAAUUUGGGACCAAACCCAGUGUCCUUAAAUGAGAGGUUGUCCUUAAUAGUGAGGUGUCCGCUACAGGAGGUUCCACUGUAGUUAAUUUUAUGACUAUGAAUGACUCCAGUGGGCGAGUUUUGAAAGAUGAAGUUCCUGGGCUUCUUGUUUUAUUAGGCUGUGUAUCCAUCACAUAGGCCGUUCUCUUUUGAUCUUGUGGUGUUGCUUUCAUGGUCUCCAUAGCAUGUUCCCUGGUACAACCAAUGGGAACAGGGUUUCCGCCAGAGGGGGGAUGGGGGGAUUCAUCCCCCCCUAAAAUAUUUCAAGGGGGAUAUCCCCCCCUUAAUUUUAAGCACUAAAGUUUGUUUUACUGUCAAAUGAGUAAUUUUCAUGAUUUGAUAUGUAAAAUAAGAGCAUUUGGGAGCCAAUUGUAGCGGUUUUAGGGCCAAAAAACGUCUCUGGAUGGGUCAUAUACCCUUUUUAAGAAAAAAAAAAUUAAAAAAAAAAAAAAAAAUUAAAUUUUUUUUUUUUUUGUUCCCCCUCAAAUUUAAUCCUGGCGGAAACCCUUGGAAUGUCUAAUAUCGACCAAACAAAGGUUCAUUUUUCCGUGUGGCAGUUACAAGGUCACUAGUGAAGACGGAACAAGGAAAAGGUCACAAUCUAACACUCUACGGACACAAAGCCUACAGAACACUGGAGAGGACAUGGACUGUGAAUCAGUUUGAACAGUGACAAAGGAUAUCCAAAAAGUACAUGUAACUGCCAUUUUGUUUUUGGCUUUGACAGCAAUAGCCACAACCCUGGCUUUAGAUGCUAACAGAUCUUUGGCAUCUCUGAUUAUAAAACACCAUUUUAAAGUCGAACGGUUGUAACGUCAUUGCAAAAAGAACAUUUUUCUUUGUUAUCUAAAAGCAUUUUGUGAACUUUUUUUAGAAAAAUAUAGCAGAUGCAAUGUUUUAGGA